AUGCAUCCUUGUUACAAUUCCUCGUCUAUGUUAUCUCCACCUACUGUCACUACUUUUCAUUCAUCACAGUCAUUAAGUUCAUCAUCUCAAUCAUCAUAUUAUCAGUCCUCAACACAUGAUGUGUCCAAACCAAAUUCAAGCGAGCAGUAUAACUUGGCUCAUAGUCGACAUCAUCUUUAUCAAAAUGUGAUUCUUCCUAGUCCAUCUAUACAACGUUUUCCUAAUUCAUCAAGCAAUCACUUUACUCACUAUUCGCAAUCCCAUAUCCGAACAACUACUUCAUAUCCUUCUUAUGACUGUUAUCGGAACAAUUCUACACAUUCUCAACCGAAUAUUAGUAAUGGUUUGCCUAUUAUGGGCUAUCCAGUCGCACUCAAUUCUACAAAAAAUUACGUUGUAUAUGAGGCCAAAAAUGGUCCAACUCAAUCAAUGAUAAAUAAUACUGAUGAUACAUUACAAUAUACUAAUCCUUCUGUAAUAAUGAAUAUUCAGUCACAAAUCCCACAUUCCCAAUAUCGUGAUGUCAGUCGUCAACCUUCUAGACGUCCUCGGCCGCCGCCACCACCUCCACCGCCUCGUAGUGGCAGUUGGAUUGGUAAAAUACCAGUUUCAUCACCUACAGCAAAUGAUAAUACAACCAAUCGACCAUGUAUUCAAUAUGAUCAUGAACCACCAUCUUCAUGCUCUCAAAUCAAAGUGAACACAUUUUCUGAUAACCCCACUACUACUCAAUAUACAAACCAACAAUCAUGUAUUAGUCAAGCGUUUCAUAUUAGUCCUUAUAGCAAUACAUAUUCAUCACUUCCGAAUGGUCCCGUUGGAUUAAAUACACACUCCAACUUUAAUAUAAAAAGUCAUUUGCAUCAAUCGUCUACUGAUACCAACUGUUCAAUUGAUAAUUCUCACACUGAUAUACCAAUCCCAAAACGUUCUAUACAACAAGAACAUCAACAUAGAAGACAACAGCAAACACAUCAACAAUAUCAUAAUCAACCUAUCAGAAUAUCAUCUAAUGGUGAUAAUUGUCAACCAUUGACAUCGACGACUAAUUCUACUUCUCAGUCUUUGAUGAAUAAUACGAAUAAUAGUUCCAAUGAACAACGACAACAACAAAAUUGUCAAUAUUCGUCAAAACAAUCAUUUAUAGACAGUAAUAAUAAUAAUAGUCGUAAAGAAGUAAUUAAAGCAUUACUCAACUUAUUAAUAUGGCAUCAUCCAGAAACUAACUUUACAGAAACUAUGGAUCCAUCAGAAAUUCAUACAUUUCAUACUUUUCUAUUAAAUUGGUUAAGUAAAACAGAGAAUAUUCCAGUUAAUGUUAAUACAAAUAUGUAUGUAGCACAAUUUUCACGUCGGAUAUUAACACAUUUAAUAAGAAUAUUGUAUAGUGAUACAGUUUAUGAAGAAGAAACUACAACAGAUGGUCAAACAAUGAGAGAAACUGAAGAUGAAGAAUAUACAAUGAAUGCAUUGACUAAUGAGAAAGAAGAUGGUAUGAAUAAUGAGGAUAAUAAUUACUUGGAAUAUCCUUCAUCAUUUCAUUCUAAUACUAAUGAAUUCAAUCAGUCUUCGGUUUAUUCAUAUGGACAGAACAACUGGACAAAAAACGAUGAUAACACAUCAGAGAAGACUCCCUGUUUAACAAACUAUACAAAUACGUCAAAUAAUACUACUGAGAAUAAUAGUCUCAUUAGUAAUAGCAGUAAUUUCAGUAAAAUUAAUUUAACUGAUUCCAAGAUCCUACCACCGAACACAUCUUUGAUGGAAUUGAAAGCUGCUGCCAUGGAGGCAAUUCAAAAACUUGCUCCUUUAUGUCAACCAGAUUCAAAAUUAUAUGGAAGAGAUAUGGGAAUUAUUCAGUUGUUGACAUCUAUUCAUAGUUACAGUUUAAAUUUAAGCGAACGUAUCACACAGACGAAUAGUAAUAAUAAUAUUACCCAUACUGGUAAUAAUGUUACUAAUAAUAAUGAAGCCAUGGGGAAUACAAUGAUGAAUAUAGAGUCAUCUACUGUUUGUCCAGUUGCUGAAGUUGCUGCUUUAGUUCGUUUAUCAUUUGAUUCAAUGCAUCGAAAUGCUAUUUGUGAAUUAGGUGGUGUACAUGCUUUAAUUUCUUUAUUACGCAUAGAACAAAUGAUUUGGUCAGACUAUAUGAAUUCAUAUAAUAAUGAUGUUCAUACUAAUAAUACUAGCAAUAAAACAGCAGUACUAUUAUCAUCAUCAGCAUCAUCAUGGAUACAUAAUCAAAAUUUUGUUACAUUAUUAGAGAAUAGUUUAGCAUUGAGACGAUAUAUAUGUAUGGCUUUAACAAAUUUAACUUAUGCAGCCCCGGAGAAUAAAUCAUUUAUUUGUAGACGUUUAACUAAUUUAGAAGCAUUAUUAGCACAAUUAGAAACAGGAAAUGAAGAAUUAAAACAGGUAUCAGCCAGUGUAUUACGUAAUCUCAGUUGGCGUACAGAUAGUAGAAGUAAAGCUGCACUUCGUCGUGUUUGCGCUGCUAAACGUUUAACUAUAGCUGCUAUGAGUGCACAACGAGAAAGUACUUUGAGAACUACACUUAGUGCACUAUGGAAUCUUAGCGCUCAUUGUUCUCAGAAUAAGCGAGCUGUAUGCAGUGUGGAUGGUGUAUUCGCAUUUCUUCUAAGAAUGUUACAUCUUCAAAACCCUAUGGAAAAUUUGGUAAUUAUUGAAAAUAGUGGUGGUAUUUUACGUAAUAUAUCCACAAUUAUCGCUUCUCAUGAUGAUUAUCGGUCUAUGCUUCAUCAAAAUAAUGCUUAUCCAAUCCUCUUGGAACUAUUACGUAAUCCACCAAGUUUAACAGUUGUAGUAAAUGUAUGCGGAACAUUAUGGAAUUUAACAUGUCCUUCCGUCAAUAAUGUAAACACUAUGCCAAUUAGUAGUGACAACAACAGUAAUACUACUACUAAUAAUAAUAUCGUCAGUAGUUAUAAUGAUCGUUUACUUCUUUUACACUUAGGUGCAUUAGAUUUAAUACAACAGUUAACUCAAUCGAAACAUGAUUUGAUACGUACUAGUUCACUAGCUGUCUAUCGUAAUCUAAUACAGACAGAUAAACCUGCUAAUCAGAAUCAUUUGAUUCCAUCACUGUGUAAUUCAGAUCAAGUUAAUUCACAAGAAAAUCAACUCAGUGAGUCAUCAUCACCGAUAACAACCAGUAUGACCAUAAGUUCUCAUGAGCAUCAUUCGGUAAGUAAUGAAAAAAACCCAUGCACCACUAUUGAUGGUCGUAACAGUGGUGGUGAUACAUACUAUAAUGUCAAUAAUUCAGCACAGACAAGUGCAGAACAACAACAACAACCAACAUGUAAACGUCGUGUGUCAUCAAGAACAUCUAGACUUCGUUUUGGUCUGUUAUCUGUAGUAUUUGAAGCGGAAAGUGACGAUGAACUAGACGACGAUAUUGAUAGUGAUGAUGUGGAUGAAACUGAAGAUGAUGAAGUAGAAGUGGAAAAUGUAGUUGAAGGUCAGACUAAUGAACAAAAUGAAUAUAAUGAAAAAGUUGAAUCUGAGCCAAAUAACAAUCUAUGCUUAUAUUAUCGAGGUGGAAUACCUAUCAGUGACCAUUCUAGCUAUCGAGAUAUCACUGUGAAAACAUCAAGUAAUCGAAAUUCAGAAAGCUUAUGUGAUUCUCAACUUAUGUUGUCUGAAUCGACUAAUCGUCGACAUGAUUUAUCAGAUUGGUACGAUGAAAUAAGUUGUCAUGGACAUCAUCAAGUUAAUCAUAAUGUUAAUACGGCCGUUGAUACAGGCGCGGAUGAUGAACAAACACGUGUUUAUGCCGAAGAAGGUACACCGUUUCCCUCGAAUUCAGCAAAUACAUCAUCUUUGGAGUUGAAUAGAUCUGAUGAACAGUUUUUAACGAAUAAAGCAAAUAAUAACUUCAAUACUGUUAAUGAUGUACAUAUAAGUCAUAAUAAUAGUAACGAUAACAAUAAUAUACAUAGUAAUGUCCCAAUUUUGAUCUAUCGAAAUGAUCCAAUUCCUCAUGUUUAUGCUGUCGAGGGUACACCAUCGAACUGUGAUAGUAAUUUAAGUCAUGAGGAUAGUAUAAAUAAUAGUGAAGUUCAAUUAAAUACAAUCGGAUUCAGUCGCCCCCAAAAAAUAAAUUUUCUACCUCAUUCCAACAUUGUGAAUGAACAAGAGGAUAAUACCUAUCUGCCCUCACCACCGGAAGAUAUCUCGAAUCUUGUCUCUCCAUUAACAUCAAUGAAUUUAGAAGUAGAGGGUGAUCAAUGUGUAACUUGUCAUUUCCCUAUGCCACCUCCACCAGUAUCUUUUCCAAUAGUUCAUAAAGAAUCCGAAGUGAUUGGUAGAGAAAGUGAAUUAUUUUCUUCUAAACAAACACCAUUAAUAUUCUCACGUGGAACAUCAUCAUGUAUGUCUUCAUUAGACUUAGAAGUUCCAUUUAACGGAUAUCAAUCAUCACCGGAAAGUGAAUAUUCCAGUCAACAAAAAAGUAGUAAUAGCAGAGAGAGAAUAAGUAGUGAAUUAAUGUCAAUUAAUCGUAAUCAUGAGGACAACGGUAGUAGCAGUAGUAACAGUAGUAGUAGUAAAAGAAAUUGUCAUUUCAGAAAUAUAAAUCAUAGUCAAAAUUGUGUUGGUGAAUUAUAUGAGACAGAUAGUUGUCCUGAUGAAGAAGAUGUUCGAUUACCUUUCGCCGAAGAAGGUACACCGCCACCUCCAAAAGAUGAUACAGAAAAUUUGAAUGCUUUGUAUUUUCAUCAUUCACAUUCUUAUAAACAAUCUGAUCUGAGCAGUAAUUUGAACAAUGAUUGUGAAGUGAACGAAGAUGUUGAUGAUGAUGAAGACGAUGACAACAAUGACAACAAUAAUCAUUCACAAAUAUUACAACAAUGUAUAGCAUCUGCAAUGCCAUCAAAUAUUCCUUAUAAUGUAUUAACAGGUCACAAAUCAUCGAAUAUAAAUUUUAAUAACUCACCAUCAACAGGUCUUCUUUACAAUGAGCCAGAAGAUUCUUUAAAAACAUUCGCUGUAGAAGAUACACCAUUUGGGACUUCGACGAAAACUAGUUCACUAAAUGAUUUACUCACAACAGAACAUAAACCAUUAGAAGACGAAGAAGAAGGAGAAUGUGAGGAAGGUAACGAACUAAUGGUUGAUAGUGAUAUGAAUUCCCAUUCGGCAUCACCAUUCAGUAUAAAAAUAUCUAAUCAUACAAUAAAGCAUACUUCAAACAAUUUAAUCAAACAAUGUCAUACACAAAAUGUUACUGUCAGUCAUGGUGAUGGUAGUUCAUCAACAUCAAGCUCCUUGAAUGGUGAUAAUUCAUCAGAUUUAUUAUCUGAAGUAAUACAAUCUGCUAUGCCAAAAUCAGGUCAAAUUAGAUUAUCUAAUUUUUGUUCACCAAUUGAUCAAUCAUCAUCAAAUGAUGACGAUUGUUUGCAAAUGUAUGCAGUUGAAGGUACUCCAUGUGUUGUCGGUCAUGAGAACUUAUUGUCAAGUUCAUCUUCUCUUCGUCAUGAUGAAAUAAGUAUUCAUUCAGCAUUGUUACCAACAACAACAGAUGCAAUGAUUUCUAAUAUGCCUUUAACUCUUGCAUCAUCAUUGUCAACUGUUCCAUAUCAACAAUCAAAUACAACUCCUCCUAUUCCACCACUUCGUACAACAUCUGCAUUAACUAGUAUUGCAGAUCCAUUUACUCAAGUUUCUGGUUUAACAAGACCACGUGCAACAGUUGCACCAAUGUUACAAAGUAAAUGUCAUUCAUUAAAUUCACCGAUUGUUUCUCGUUCUCAAAAUAUAUCAGAACAAUCGUCCAAAUCGUGUUUAAAUCAGAAUGAUAAUGGACAACAGAAUAAUGAUAGUAUACUUUUACCGAAUUCAUCAAUACCAUCGUCAUCAUCAUCUCUGUUUCAAUACACCGUUGGUGACAAAGAUGAUGUUAGUUCUUUUUCUUCAUUACUCAGUAUUGAAUCAGUUGGUAUGGAACAUUCGUUAUUACAAGAAUGUAUAUCAUCAGCGAUGCCACGUCCAAAAUCAAUAUCAAUGCUUCGUAAACAACAACAUUGUCAACAGAAAAAACAAACGUGUCAACAGUCAACAUCUUCAAUAUCAUCAUCAUCAUCAUUGUCGUCGUCGUCUUCAUCGUCAUCAUCACAACAGCAACAACCAUCAGUAUCACCAGCUUUAAAGUUGGACAUGACGGAGCAUAAAUCUACGAAUCCUUUUGCGAACAAUAAUAUUCCUAAUAAUAAUAAUGUGGAUUAUUGUAAAUCAAAUAACCAUGAAGAAGCGAUAAAUCAUUGUCAUACAUCAUUAUCAUCUUCAUCAUCAUUAUCGUUGUCUAAAAUACAUCCGUAUAGAGAAUUAUCUGUUUACAAAGUAUCGACAGCUUUAUCAUGUAUAUCAUCAAAUCCCAGAGCUCAAUAUUCACGCGAUGGUAGUAGUAGUAGUAGUAGCAGAAGUAGAGUUAGUAGUAGUAGCGGUGGUAAUAGCAGCAAUCUGUCUCUGAAAAAGUCUAAAAUACCUGGUCAUAAUUUGAAUAAUACAACUGUUUCAAAGUCGAGUGAUAAUAAUAAUAAAACUGGUGCAGUACAUUUUUUAGAUCAUGGCUCCGACGAUGCACAACAACAAGAAGAAAUUUCGUAUCUGAAUAUGAAUCCAGCGAUAAUGAAUAAUACAAUUACACCUAAGCACAAUCAUGCGUCUACUGGAGCGUCUAUCACUUCUACUACAAAUACCACUCCUGUCACUGUGAAUUGCAGUAGCAACAAUAAUAGUGGUAGUAUUAUUACUAAUAAUCAGAUGAAGCAAAUUCAAAUGAUAAACAAAGUUAGUUGUGCAUCAUUCGGAGCAGAUAUCACAAAUGCUGCAAAUCACAAUUAUUCGAAAUUAUCACCAUAUUAUGAACCUCGUUGUAUUACAUCAAAUUCCAACAAAAGUUCAUUGCCAUUAAAUAAAACAAAGUCUGGUUUACGAGCACCGUCGUCUAUCGUAUCCAAAUCAUUUGUUGGAAUGAACAACAAUAAUUACUCAGUAAACAAACAAGAUAUUGAUGUCAUUGGUGUACUUGAUGCUAAAGAUAUCAGUGAACUACUUCAACAAGGCGCUAAAACUGUUGUUUCAGACCUAAUGAAACCAUGUGAUUAUAUCAAUGAAAAACAACAUGAUUCUAAUAACAAAUUAAACAAUGAUACCUCUAUUACUACUACUAAUAGUAAUAAUAAUAGUAAUAAUAACAACUCUCAACCAGUUAGUAAUGCUUCCAGUUUAGAGCUUUUACAAAAAUUGACCGACUUGGAACAGUCUUUUUCAUUCGAUAAUGACGAUAGUAAUACUACUACUAAUACUAAUACUAAUACUACCGCUACUACUACUAGUAAUAAUAGUAAUAAGUUCAACAAUAAAAUGAUUGUCACUAAAUCAAUAGAGUCAAGCAACAUUUCACCGCCAUCUACAUGUGUUACUAAUCAAGUAUCAAGUAAAGCAACUUCUAUAUCCAAUAUUCAAUCAGUAAAGUUACAUCAUCCACAUCAGUUGUCAAAUAGAAAAUUAAAUAAUGCCAAAUUCACUAAUCAUACUACUACUACUACUAAUAAUAAUAAUAAUAAUGUUUAUGGAAUAGAGAAAACGGUAGUUUCAACCAUUCAAAAUCAAUGUUCUUCGAGUAAAUUAACUACUAUGGGGAAUAGUCAAAUGGAUCAUAGUAACAAGAAAACUAAUCCAAAUAAAGUUCAACCUAACCUUGUGAGUCAUGCAAGCUCUUCGAUCAGCAGUGGUAACACCGUUUACAAAUACAAGAAGAAUGUUAUCCAUCCUACCACAACCAUGAACGGCACCCAUAAAACUACAAUUUAUCCUUAUAAUAAAAAUACUUCUCGAAAUUCCACUAAACGUACUAUCAAACAACGGCAACAACAUCAACGUAUUGCAAUGACAGAACCACCGUCGGUACAAGGUCAUUCUUUAGCCAGUAGUCGUUCAGUAUCUGCUGCAAGUUCAAUAUCUAAUUUAAAAUCAAUCAGCCGAUUAAAUAAUGAAUCUAAUAUUCAACCUCCAUGUAAUAGUAUUAUUCCCAAAGCUACUAGUAUUCAACAAAUAUCUGUGGAGUCGGUCUAUGCAGCUCUUGUUAAACAGAAUAAGUCAUUGAUGAACCAAUACUCACCAAAUCGUACAUCUAAUACAACAGUAAACAAUAAUACUAAUAAACUUGUCAGUAAAACUUCUAAUACUGGAUUAUACGCAAAAAAUACAUCUAGUCAUCGAUCAUUUGGUACAAUUAGCCGUUCAAAUCAUUCUACUGAACGUCUUACUUCAGUUGAAGAAGGAAUACCAUUAACAACAAAAUUGCAACAGUCUAAACAUAAUUAUUCACGUCAUGAAUCUAAUGAUUGCAUGCCUAAUACAUUAUUCUGUGGAAACUCUACUGUUGAUUCAAACAUUAAAACACCUGAUGGUACACUUUCAAAAGCAACGGAGUCGUUUGGAUCUGGUACAAUUUCAAAAAAUGACAAUAACACACAAGCAUCAGAUGUUCCUAAACCUAUUCGUGGUGGACGAAAAUCUUUGAUAGGACGAAAAAUCAGUCCAUCAACUGCUAAUAUGAUGAAUAUGCCGAAUAAUGGAAUACCUGUUGCUGUGAAACCAAUAUCAGCUGUUAAACCAACACAACAUUCUUUGUUGAAUAAUAAUAACAAAGAUCAUAAUUCUAAAAUCUCUAUAGAUAAGUUUAAAAAGUCGACCACUGAACCCUCAGUUGAAUCGGAUAUUAAUAAUAAAGAUGAGGUGAAAUCAUCAAAAGACAUGAAUGGUUAUACAAAGUAUGAAUUUGAACAGAAUUCCCGUAAUCACGAUAAAUCUAUUCCAGGAACUAAUGAUUAUAAUAUUAAUGAUAAGUUAGAGAAUACACCUCCUGGUAUGUGGAUCGUUCGUGAAGAUCUGGAUGUAGUUGUUAGUGAUUUCCACUAG